UGAGGAGCGGGCACGGCCGUUUGUGCAUCCACCAUGCCAGCGUCCUGUGCCAGCCUGCCAGCAACCAUGAAGCGGAGCGUUUGUUCCCCCGAUCUCUCCCUCAUCAAGGAUGAGAAAGAAGAGGGGAUUGCCGAAAAAGACAAGAAGAGGAGAGGAUCUGGGGUGGAUUCAAAGCCAAAACCAGCGAGAAAAAGAGUUGAACCACCACAACCACAAAUUCAGAACAAGGCCAGAGAUGCAGCAGAACAUGCUCAGAAGGUCGAUGAGAGACUGCGUCUGGCUCGAGAGCGCAGGGAGCAACAGCAGAAGCAGCUUGCCUCACGGGAGCAGGGGUGGCUGGCCAGGGAGGAGCGUGCCAAACGCCACUAUGAGAAGCACCUGGAGGAGCGCCGGCGGAAGCUGGAGGAGCAGCGGGUGAAGGAGGAGAGGAGGAGGAUGGCUGUAGAGGAGAAGAGGAGGCAGAGGCUCAAUGAGGAGAGGGAGCGCUACGAACAGGUGGUGAAGAGGACCAUGGAGAAGAGCCAAAAGGCUAAGCAAAGACUCAGCCAGCUCUCCAGACGGGCAAAGCUCAAUGCCAACAAGGCUCCCCGCUGUCGGCCUCUGACUGAGUGGGAAAAGGACCUGGUCAGGCGGCUGCAGACCCCCACCAUUGCCCAGCUGGCGCGCAGCAGGAGUGUGGGCGCGUCAGAAGCAGACGCAGUUCUUCAUUGUUGUCGUCGUUCAGCCUCAUGUCACCAGGUGCGCUCCAGCUCUGCUCAUAAGGUGGAGUCAUCUGACGCCAGCACCCUCCGCAAAACACCAGCAAUUAAACCCCAUAACGUUACACAUCGUAAAAGCACAAAGCCAGAACAGUGCAAACAGAAAUCAGUGAGCCCGGUUCAGAAGAGAAAUUCCCCGAAGACUCCGAAGACUCCGAAGACUCAGAUUCAGGCUGUCUCAUCAGUGAGACCGAGUCCACCCCCAGAUCCCCCACCUGACAGGCCUGUUAUCCGUGCGGUGAGCAGACGCCCUGCUCCACAGCUGGAGGGGCUUCUUCCACCUCUCCCAGAGGAGGAGCCAGACCCUGGACCCCAGUGGGACACACCACCACAGGACGGGGUCUCAUUUGGUGGAGACAUGGUGGAUGGGGGCCCACAGCAACAGCGGAUGGAAGAGAGCCGUCUAGAUACGCCACCUCCGAGCCCAAACAAGUAUCCAGCACCACCUGUCCAACCCGGUUGUGGCAGCCAAAGUGUCCAGCCUCCUCCAGCAGCCUCGUCCAACUGCAGCCGGUCGUCAGCGGGCACCACUGAUCCAGAGGAGGCCUCGCGGAUGCUGGCAGAGAAGCGCAGACAGGCCCGGGAGCAGAGGGAGGAGAAGAGGAGGGAGCAGUUUGAGAGGCAGGCACUGGAGGAGUUGGCACGUAGGCAGGCAGAGGAGAACGCACGCCUACAGGCUGAAGCCCACCUGCGAUUGGAGGAGGAGAGAAAGAGGGAGGAGGAGGAGCAGAAACAGAUGGAGGAGAAGAAACGGAGGGAGGAGGAGCAGAAACAGAUUGAGGAGGAAAAUGCCCGCAGGCUACAGAGACAAAGGGAGGAGGAGGAGGCCCGUCAGAAGGAGAUGGAGAUGAAGCGGCAACGAGACCAGCAUUUCCAAAAGGAAGAGGAAGCGCGCCAGGAGAGGAAAAAGCGUCUGGAGGAGAUCAUGAAGAGAACAAGGAAAGCCGACUCUUCUGAGAGGAAACCUGCACCUGCCAGCACCGCUGUGAUAGAACCGCAGCCUAAAGAGAACACGGAACCCAUGGGGAACCACAGAGAGGACGUGAUCCUGCUGUCUGGCCCGAGCCAGCCCAACAAACUGGACUUGGAUCCCAGAGAGGACGUGGUUCCGUCGGUGACCUUCAAAGAGCGACGUUCCCUGCGCACCCUCACAGGGUUGGACCACAUACAGUCUCAGCAGAGAGCUGAGGUCAUCUGAGCACUAAACACCUGGACUUGAAGAGGUCUAAGAAAACCUUUCACAUUUCCACCAAGGCUGAUGCAGAUAGCAUAAGACCUGCACUUGAAGAGAGCACUUAAGAGAUAUUUCUCCAAUAUCACUUGACAGACCUUCUGGUCAGCUUUAGAGUACUAACGUUAGUUUGGUCCUCUUGGUGGACACAACUGCCAUUCACAGUAUUUUCCGUAGAGGCCUAGAUGAUAGAUUGCUUUAUAAGAUAUCCUUUCUACAUUUAUCAUGUUAUUAUAAUUAUGUAAUAUGUGCUUGAAGCUGUUGUGUGUCGCCGUUCAGGAUUUUACUUGCAAUGCUGCUACUUCUGCCUUAUCAGAACUAGAAGUUUUGAGUUAUUUUCUUCCUCAGUGCUGGCUUAAGCUUUAUCCAUGAACCUCACUCACUUUAAGUGAGACUCCUGUCACGUGUUGCUGCUGAAUCAUCUCAGUCACCAAUGAGAGAUAUUUCUCCCCAAUCUGUCACCAAAUAUAGUCUCUGUAUCACUGACUGUUGUACUUGAUAAGUAGGAACUUUCCUGGCAGUCCCUUAAGUUAUCACUGAGCUACCUUCCCAACAACACGUGCCGUGAGUUUAGUUUAUGCAAGACUAUCUAGUAUCCUAUAAGGACAUUGAUAUAAUAAUGAUAUGGUAUGUAUACUGUUAUGGAAAAUCUUUUAUGAAACUGAAUAAAAACUCUUCAAAACUGAAA